AUGCAACUAAAAGCCUCCCUCGCUCUCCUCGGAGUUCUUGCUGCCCUUGGUCUGGCCCAGCCCCAUGGCCAUCACCACCAUCACGUCUCCAAGCGCGGUGACUGGACAGCCGUGCUGUCCGACGUCUUCACCACCACGGGCUUCGGUGGCCGCAGUACUGCUGGAACGGGCAGCAUCGACACUUACUCAGGCAACGUCGGCAACCCCUGGGGCAGCAACAUCAUCGAAAUUCCCGAAAAGGACGCCUCCAAAUAUAAAUACGUCGUGAAGGUGAAGGGUCAGAACAGCGAACCGUGGCUCGUAGUCUUCUGGAACAAAAUGGGCCCAGACGGCAAACUCGAUGGUCACUACGGCCACAGCGCUCUGCGCUUCACCCUCAACCCGGGAGACAUCAAGUACGUCGCCCUAGACGAGAACUCGCAGGGCGCUUUUGGCGCCUAUCCUGGGAACCAACUGCCGAAGAACACCUGGGGUGGAUAUGCGUGCACAUGGGGCGAAUUCGACUUUGGCAGCUCUCCCAACGGCGGCUGGUCUGGCUUUGACGUUUCCGGCAUCCAGGCACAGAUGUCCAAAAUGCCUCUCCAGGGCAUGAAGAUAUGUCAGGUUGGAGGUGUUUGCUCAACUGUAACUUCGAGUGGAAACUUCGAUAAUGCCUAUGCGGCCAAGGAUCAUGCUAUUGGCGGCAUUGGCGGCAAUUUGGCUCCUGGCCCAGUCCGACUGGAGGUCACCAUCGACUACAAGGGAUAA